AUGUCAGGAAAAAAAGCAACAUGCAGUAGAAUGCUGCAAAAUUCAAAUGGAAAAGGCGUGUUAAAAGAUACUAAAGAACAAAUUCGAAAGAAAGCAGAUGCUAUAUAUUCUAUUGAUAUCCUCUGGCAAAGUGUGCGAAGCUCAAAAAUUGAUGACUUUUCCAUCGAGGCUUUUGCAAAUUGGUUGGUAGAGUAUGCCACAGCUUACGGUCUUAACAAGGAAUAUAUUACCAAUAGCAAUCUUUUGCGUUGGUACAAGGAUUUAUUACGUAAAUGGCAGAUGGAACAAGUUGCAAGCUACAUCCGUGAAAAAAUAGACACCGCUAAUAUAUAUAUGAGAAAAAAUAAUUUGGCCAAGCAGACUUUGGAAAAUCUCUCCAAAUAUACCGAACAUAAUUCCUCCAUAAUCAACCCGAAUCCUCAAGAUAAUCAAACAAACGAAAUUUUCAACCUUGCAGGCUUUAAAGAUGCAGAGGUCAAUAAUGAUCCUAUAAUCAAUCUCAUCCUCCAGCAUGACCUAAGCUUUGUGCCACAAAAUGAUCCUAUACGUUCUGGCCAUCUUCUUGCUAAUUUACCUCAUCCAUUGCUAUAUAACAAAGAUCCAGGAAGCUUUGACAAUAUAAUGAAUCGUGAUAACUAUCAAUUUAAAAAUCUUGUCCAUCCAUCCUCAACAGACAUGGCAAAAUGGUUUUUCGGAUUAUAUAAACGAGACGAUUUUCCCUCCCUCUGCUAUUUCGAAAGACCAGAGUUUCUAAUAGAUAAAGAUGGAUACUUGGUGGUCGAAAUCGCGUCUAAUAUACAACUUUCUGUGAAACAUUAUCAAAAAACUAUGAUGAAUUCCCAGUCGAUAUGUUCCGAAGCCACUUGGAUAAAUUUCGUUGAAAUGUUCUUGAAACGAAUUAUUAAUCGUAUUAAUAACCUAGCAUACGAAAACACCUCAAGUACUGCUGUAGAACAACUCAACUAUAUAAAAGAGAAUGGUGAAGUCGGUAGAACAAAGCCAGAUGGUACUGUUUAUUUUGUAUCACCUGAAAUACGUUUUCCCGUCUGUUUUGUUGAAGGUCAAAAACCGAAUCUACCCAACUCAAUAAAGAAGUCACAAACUGAUGCAGAAAAGCUUCUCAAAGAAAUUAAGUUGGCGUCUGAUAAUCUUUUGAAAGACCUACAAGACAAGCAUUCGGUUCGGAUUUCGAGAGAAAUUGCCCAAAAAAUAUUUAAAGUUCCAUUUAUAACAUGUCAAAUAACUGACUACGAAGCAGUAAUCACUGUAUCAGAUCGAACACUUCAUCCAGUACUGACAACAUGGGAAUUAUGCCGAUUCCGCAUUGAUUUUCACAAACCGAAAGGGAUAAAUGAUGUUCGAAGAAUUUUUGAGGGGAUAUUCAUAUUAAUGGGCUUUCUUGAAAACAUAGACAAAAGUUGGAAUGAAAUUUUCACAUAUUUAGCUGAUGCCUCUCAAAUAUUACCAAGAAGUCGACAUAAUCUGUCUGCCAAAAUCAUCCCGCUUCAUCAUUAUAUUUUGG